CAGCGACCUUCUUGCUGUGAGGCGACAGCUCUACAUACUACGCCACUGCCUCACCCCUGUGUUAUUUCUUGUUCAAUCAAUUGUUUCAAACUUCAGAAAAGGUCAACAAAAUCAAGUUGUUAUAUUUUUUAACAUAAAAUUAAUGUGAUUCAGAAGCACACAUAAACAGAAAACACCCAUGAAUCAUGAGCUAAAGACUUUUUUUUACAAUGUACAUGUUGUUAUUCAUGCUCACAAUAUUGAUUUAAACUCAUGUGGGCAAAAGUCAAUAUGAUAAUGUUGUUUUGUUCUGUUGGUAAAACAAAUAAAUUUACAUUAUAGUUUUUUUUUUUACUGGAUUGUGUUUUUUUCUGUUCUCCGAUUUCCUCAAGCGCUCAAUGUUUAACCAGUCUGGCACUUAGUCCUCCAAGUUAAACAGUCAAUCAGUUCCAAAAAUAACAGUGUAAAUGUUAUGCAAUACUUCGGAUUCUAGGAAGGCAUAUCAAUAUUUAUGCAUUGGUGCAAAUCCCAGAGUGUCAUUCUGAUCCAUUUAGCUGUGAAGUGCUGUUUACCUGUUUCUCCAUCUCCAAGGAAACCAUCAAAUCCACACCUGUCACCACUGUCUGUAAAAAAAAAAAAGAAGAGAGAGAGAGAGAGAGAGAGAUGCAUUUACCCGUACCAAUCCAUUGCUCUUUCUGUCCUGGAUUAGAUGCACAAACACAUGCCAAGAGAUGGAAACCUUGAUGGAGGGAAAGUCUGAGCGUUUCUACCUAGUUGCGGAGGAUCUUUUCUUAUCUCUGCUUUGUUCCUUUGGCAAUUGGUACAACAAAUCAGGUCGGGCUGAGCUUCACAGGCUUUCCUCCAAUUCUUCGAACUCUUCAGAAAGCCCGGCGGAGAUGUUUGCGCAUGAAUGGCAUGGAUUCCUCCCUCCCUGCCACAUGAGGGUGCUUCAGGUGUGCCCCAUUUUGGCAUUGCUGGCUAUUUUGUUAACCACUCCAGUUCUUCUAGUGCGUAUCCUGUCCCGCGUCAACCUGCGGCAGCAAACCCGAUACCUUCUUCUGGCCAAUCUGCUCUUCAGCGACCUGCUCUUCGUUUGCAUGAUCAUCUUGAGUGCCUGCAUUAAUUCGGCUGGUGUGCUGAUGACCGAGUGGCCGUGUGCUGUUCUGCUGUUCCUAUCAGCAAUUCUAUACAGCUGUGGGGUGCUCAGUAUUACAGCAAUGGUGCUGGAUACCUGCUUUGCUGUGUUGGCACCUCUUCGUUACCUUGCAGUUUGGCCCGUCUCGAGAACCUACGGAGCAGUUGCCAUCAUCUGGGCCAUCUCAGUCUUUUUUCCCGCAGCUGCUGUUGGGAUGUUUUUGUGGUACCAUAGUACAGGUCCCUGCGCCCUCCAUCUUUGCUCCUUACCUUUGCUGAUUGUGUUAACCGUUAGCCAUUUUCGCCCUCUGCACGUGUCCAUGCUCCUGACGAUCACUGGUAUCAUCUUCAUCCUCCUCUUGGUGUUGUCUGGUUAUCUCAUCCUCUACUUUUGCACCCGUCCCUCAGGCGUGUGGAAAGGCGAGGCCUGGUCCCGCGCUAGAGGAACUUUUCUUAUUCAUUAUCUCCACCUUUUCUUGGCUUUCUGUCCUCUGCUGGUGUUAGUGAUUGAGCUGAUGCUUUGCCAUAAAAGUGAGACCGUGGACCUCCGAGCAAACCUGUGGAUGUCCUUGGUGGUGUGUAACGUCCUGCUGGUCCUGCCCAAAGCCUUUGCUCCGUAUCUGUACGGGCUGCGCUAUAGAGAACUGUGCAGGGUUUUGAUACAGUUCUUUCGGCUGAACAGACCCACAGAAAUCACACCUGUGAUAUAAAGAUGCGCGUUCAAACCUGUGGAGAAGACAUUUGAGAGGGAUGUUGGGUUUGUUGUGAUGAAACUUUUUAAAGGAGUAAGCUGUACUGAUGCUCAACUGUGUAGUUUGUAAGAAUAAUAUGUGAGAAUAAUCAAGGAUAUGAAUGAAAUUGACUUUAUUACAUUAUUAUAAAUACAUUUGAUGUGUUUAUUAUGGUGUUAUGUAUCUACACUGUGUGUUUUGGUAUUAAAAACUCUAAGGCUAUCAAUCAU